GGGUGGCAGGGGACGUGUCCCCAAGGUGUCCCCGUGUCCCCAGGAGUGCCGCGCGCUGAGGAACUUCUCGUCCCUUCACGCCAUCGUCUCGGCCCUUCAGUCCAGCCCCGUCCACCGCCUCAAACGCACCUGGAACGAGACCUCCCGGGAGGCCCAGCGCAGCUACGAGGAGCUCAGUGCCAUCUGCUCCGAGCAGGACAACUACAGCGCCAGCCGCCAGCUGCUCUUCCAGGGCGUCGUGCCCUAUCUGGGGACCUUCCUGCGCGACCUGGUCAUGCUGGACGCGGCCAUGAAGGACGAGCUGGAGAACGGCUACAUCAACUUCGAGAAGCGCCGCAAGGUACCGCCCCCGUGUCCCCUGUGUCACCUGUGUCACCCCAUGCUCCUCACAUCAGUGGGGACCCCCUCGGUGACCUGGGAGCAGCCGCGUGUCCCCCCCGAGGCCACCGCGGUGACACCGCCGAGUCCGGGUCACCUCCUGUCCCGCCUGGCCCAG